AUGCCCGCUGCUACACAGGAGCAGGGCCACGACGCCCAGCAACGCACCGGCGAUGGCUCGCCCUCGGCCGUCGCGCCCGCCGUCAAGGUCACCAUCGGCGAUCAAGUUGCAGGCGCCUACUCCCUCGCCCAGCGCUCCCUCGACCGCGUCGUGCCGCCGUCCUCGCGCCGCCAUGCGUAUGACGCGGCUUCGGCACUCGCGUCGUCGCGGCCAAUGCUAUUCUCGUUUCUUGUCGUGCAGGUCUGCUUCUCCUUCCUGCCGCUGAUUCUCUUCGCACUCUUCUGUGCGUCGGCGGCCGGUUUCGCCCUGGCGGCAGGCCUCCUCUUCACGCUCUUCUGGAUGGGGGUCGCCCUGUUCAUCCUCGUGCCGACACUACUUCUCACGUCGUCUGUUGCCGCAUUGGUCUGGGCUUGGGCUCUCGCCGCCUUCGUCGUCGCUCGCUUCCUCUACAGCCACGCACCCGCGGUCGUUAGCGGCGUGCAAGCUCAAGCACCGGGCAAGCGCGUCGACGUGAAGGGGGAAGACGACUUCGGUGGCAAGGUGGAGACUAUGCACUAA